AUGGUGAAAUUGGUGGUUUUGGUUGAGUUUUUGAAGAAAUUGGUGGUUUUGGUCGAGGGAGAGAGACUGAAGGGCGGCGGAGGGCGGGCUCUGUUAGUGGAGGAGGGAUGCGAAGGGGGGAGGUUCUGCUGGUCGGGGAGGGCGGCAGAGAUGGGGCUCUGCUGGUGGGGGAAGGCGGCGACCCGAAUCGACGAGAUCAAUCUGGCCAGCCUCGUCGCGGCUCGGAUUGAGAGGGGCGCAGUAGAGGAGCUGGUUGACGAGUCCCUUGGGUAUGGGAUGGAUGCGGAGACUGUGAGGAUGAUUGAGGCGAUGGCGCGGCUGGCGUUUAGACCACUUCCCGGCGGCCUCUGCCAGACGCCAAACACUGUCCUCAGCAACACCGCCUCCGUUCUGUACCGUGAAAGAGGAGGAGAAGAAGAAGCCGAAGGAGCGCCGCCCCUACCUGACGUCGGAGAUGGCGGAGGCGACGAGGCCGGGGCAGAGACGACGAGGCCUGGGCGGCGGCGCUUCGCGGCGGGGGGUGAAGCAGAAGAUGGCAGAGGCGACAAGGCCGGGGGCGGCGGCGCUUCGCGGCAGGGGCGAAGCAGGAGAUGGUGGAGGCAACGAGGCCUAGGCGGCGGCGCUUCGGAUUUCAAUCCCCAAGCCGCCUGGAACCCUAGAUCUACCACGCCUGGAAGCGAUGAGGCAGGGGCGGCGGUGGACGACGUAGAGGAGGUCGGCGGCGUCCACGCGGGCCUCACGGAGGAGGAAGGUGGUGGCACGGACGGCGGUGGAGGAGGAGGUGAGGAGCUCCGGGCACAUGGGGAAGAUGCGGCGGAGCUUGAGAAUGAGUUAGAUGAGCUUCUAAAACGGGAGGAAUUGAUGUGGAAGCAGAGAUCGAGGGCGGAUUGGAUGGCUGAGGGGGAUAGGAAUUCUGGUUUCUUCCAUAAGAUUGCUGAAGGAAGGAAGAAAAGAAAUCACAUUCGUGAAAUUCAGUGCCCGGAUGGUACAAAGACCAGUAAGACCGAUAGGAUGGAGGCAAUUUUUCAGAAUCACUUUCAGGAGCUCUUCUCUUCUGGCCCUAUUCAUAACCCCGCUGAUGUCCUCAGUUCCAUAGAGCCUGUGGUUACCGAUGGGAUGAACAGGGAUUUGAUGCGACCUUUCACCAAAGACGAUAUUGUUCAAGCCCUCAACCAGAUGCAUCCUUUGAAAGCCCCCGGGCCCGAUGGUAUGUCGGCUCUCUUUUACAAGUCUUUUUGGUCGACUGUUAAUCAUGAUAUUGUCCCUAUCCUUCUUGAUAUUCUUAAUAAUGGUGUGUCCCCUGGUCCUCUUAACUCCACCUUUAUUUGUCUCAUCCCUAAAAAGAAAUCUUGUGUCUACCCUGCUGAUUUUAGGCCUAUCAAUCUUUGUAAUGUUGUUUACAAGCUCAUUUCAAAGGUCAUUACUAAUCGGCUUAAGUUGUGUCUCCCGUCUAUUGUGCAUGAGAGUCAGUCUGCGUUUGUCCCUGGUCGUCAAAUUACUGACAAUGCGUUGCUUGCUUUUGAGAUUUUCCACAUGAUGAAACUUAAUAAAGCCAAAAAUCGUGGAGUGUUUGCGUUUAAGCUUGAUAUGGCAAAAGCUUAUGACCGUGUUGAGUGGAGCUUUCUUGAAGCUAUUAUGUUACAUUUGGGUUUUAAUUCGGCUUUUGUGGAUUUAAUCAUGAGGUGUGUUACCUCUGUUUCUUUUAGAGUUCUUGUGAAUGGCUUCCCAGGUAACCAUUUCGAGCCGGGGCGGGGGCUGCGUCAAGGUGAUCCACUUUCCCAUUUUCUCUUCUUGUUCUGUGCUGAAGCUCUGUCGGGCCUUCUUCGAAGGGCCGAAACUAGUCAGCUCCUGCAUGGAGCCCGGUUAUGUAAAACUGCACCGAGGGUGAGUCAUCUCCUUUUUGCGGAUGACUGCAUUAUUUUUGGUAGGGGGAAUGAAGUGGAGGUUGAUACUGUGAAGCGGGUCAUUAACGACUAUGAAGGAGUGUCGGGGCAACUUGUGAAUCUCGAGAAAUCCUCUAUUUCGUUUAGUGGAGGCGUGGAUGAGGGAAGGCAGGUGAUGUUGGCGAAUCUGUUGGGUGUGCAAAGAGCGGGACAAUCUUCCUAUUACCUUGGAAUUCCCAGCGUGGUUGGUCGUUCAAAAACAAAAAUAUUCCAAAUGUUGGUGGAUAGGACCCGAAAGAAAGCAAAAGAUUGGAAAAGGAGGUUUCUCUCUGGAGCUGGUAAAACUGUUCUCAUCAAAUCUGUUCUCCAGUCCAUUCCUACUUAUUUGAUGAGCUGUUUUGCUAUUCCGGACCAAAUUUGCCAACGGUUGAACAGUGUGGCUGCAAGUUUUUUCUGGGGCCAGAAAAAUGAGGAACGUCGCAUUCACUGGAAGAGCUGGAAAAAACUUUGUACCUCAAAACAUAAUGGUGGAUUGGGUUUUCGGGAUAUCUCCCUUUUUAACCAAGCCAUGUUAGCCAAACAAGCGUGGCGACUUCUGGUGAAUGAUACUUCUCUCCUUGCCCGCUCUUUGAAAGCGAGAUACUUUCCAAUGAAUGAUUUGCUUUUGGCUAGUAAUGCUCACAACCCAUCAUUUGCAUGGAAAAGUUUACUAGUAGGCCGUGAUUUGCUUGCGAAAGGUAUCACUUGGAGAAUUGGUAAUGGGGCUCGUAUUCGAAUUGGUGUGGAUCCAUGGAUUCCUGAUGGGAAAGGCUCUUUUAAUGUUGCAAAAGUGGAGCAUAGACAUGUCUUGCUGAAGGCGGAAGUUUUAUUUGAUGAUGAUCAGAAUCAGUGGAACACCGAAUCUCUUACUGAUAUGUUGCCUCUUUCUGAUCGUUGGACUAUUCAGGCGCAGCUUAGAAUCAAUCCUCAUGUACUUGAUAGACCUUUCUGGCCUCGAGGGAAGUCUAAUAUGUAUACUGUUAAAUCCGGCUAUAAUCUGGCUAUGGAGAUCGUGGGUCAGACUGAGGCAUCGAGUUCUAAUUCUUUCUCUCCCAUCUCGACUUGGAUAUGGGGCCUUGAUGUGAUCCCAAAGGUGAAAUUGUUCAUGUGGCGUUGUUUCGUCAAUGCAAUUCCCACGACGGAGGCUCUUGGUAAAAAAGGUAUUGAGGUUGAUGUCUUGUGUCGUCGAUGUGGAAUCGGAGUGGAAUCGCUUGAGCAUGCUUUGAGGGACUGUGAAUGGGUUAGAUAUCUGUGGGCUAUGUCUCCGCUUCGGCUUCGUCCUCUUGAUCAGGAUGCUUCAUGUUCUAUAGUGGAAUGGUUUGACAAAAUUAGAUGUAAUCCUCAAAGAGAGGUUCAUAGUCUGUUUGCCGCGCUUGCAUGGUCCUGUUGGUAUGCUCGGAACUUACUGGUUUUCCAACAUAAGGAGCUCUCACACCUUGAAUGUCUUGCUGUUGCAAAUAGAGCUAUCUGGGUGGCCCCGAAUCGAUCUGUUGGUCCGAGGCAACGUGCUACACAUAUUGACUGCAAUAGCGAGUUUGAUGCCAAGAUUUCCACGGAUGUGGCGGUGGAUUUGGGGAAAGGGAUUGGCAUUGGCGCGGUGUUGACAUCAGGAAAUGGCAAUGUGGUUGGAUGCAGAUUUGGCUUUCAAAGAGGCGCUUAUACGGUGGUUGAAGGAGAAGCGUUGGCCAUGAUCGAGGGGUUGAAGUUCUGCCAAGAAAGAGGGGUGGAUAACAUUAUCGCUGAAACUGAUUGUCAACAAUUAUAUUGGAAAGUGGUUAGGCAUGAAGAGGAUCUUUCCUAUCUCGGUGAUUCGUUGAGGGUGAUUGAUGAGUUGAGUCGAUCGUUCCGUCGAGUUUCGUUCAGCUGGACUCCAAGAGAGGGUAAUUCAGUGGCUGAUAAAGUUGCUUCUUUUGCUCUUAAUUCCUUUUCUCCCAUGUUGUCGUCUGUGAGUUUGCCUUUUGCUGUGAACUCGGUUGGCUUGAGCUAA